GUCAUGGCGGACGUCAAGGUAGAAGUAGAAAUUGCUCCCCUGAGGAGUUUGGACGAUUUCCUCCUCAAUUCGGCCCGUUUUCAAAUCCCCAACUUGAGAGAUCCCGAGAAAUGGCCGAAGAGAGUGGUCCACAAUCUACUGUAUUAUCAGACCAACUACUUCGUCCUCACCGUCGUAAUUUUCCUCAUCAUCGGGAUCAUGCAUCCUCAGAAGAUGUUAUUGGGAAUGCUCGCUGCUGGGGUUGCCUUUGCUCUCUUCUACUACAUCAGCAACUCUCAGAGGUCCUUGCAGAACUUCAAGCAGAAUCAUCCUAUCAUCAGUGUCAUCAUUGUCUUCAGUGCUUGCUAUUUCAUUGUUUACAUGAUGGGAAAUGUAGCCAUCUUUCUCCUUGGCAUCCUUCUUCCCAUAUUUUUGAUCCUGGUUCAUGCUUCCCUGAGACUCAGAAACAUCCGCAACAAGCUCUCUCGUCGCAUGGAGACUUUUGGGUUGGUGAAGACCCCAAUGGGUGUGAUUCUAGAAACAUUUGGGUUGGAAUCUGAAGUCCAAAAAGAGCAGUCAUGACUAGUUGCAAGGCUGCGUUUGCGUAAAGUGGCCGAUGCUGCUCAGCGUCUUUGGGCCAAAGUCUUUUCUGCUGUGUGGAAGUUGUGGAGCAACUUUUUCCUGGUGUCUACAGCAAGCAUCAAUGCCAGGCAGCCAAGGAAACUCAAGCGCAUGUGAAACUUCUUGUGAGAAGUACUAUGCUGAGCUUUUUUUCUGGAUUAAUUGGUAUGCCUAUCUAUGACAGUAAUAUCAGUAGAGUAGAUGUGACAAUUCCAUUUUAGGAAGCCAUGUACAUCUUACAUCAGGAUUUUUUUACCAAGCAAAUGAUGAUGUUUCCUACUAUGCAUUGGAAGUCAUUUUGGCAACUUGGGUGUGCUGUUGAAACUCCCAUAGGUCAUUUUUACACCUUGAAGUGAUUCUCAUAUUUUUUGGAACUUUAUCUGAGAUAUCUUCUGCUAGCACUUCAGCUUACCUGUGAGGCUUUGUUUGUUUCAAUCCUGACAUUAUAACUAGUCAUAUUUUGCUAACAUGGUGAGUACAAAAUGAAGGUUAGCCACUGAGAGACAGAUGCAAGGGCUUUUAUGAGACUGUCUUGACUGAAAACUAAUAUCUCUUGCAUGAGGACUAUUUCCAGUUUCAUUCUUCCAGACCUUUAUAUGCUGCUCAUAUUUAGGCUGUUUUGUGGAGAAUGUAUGGGGGAUGGCUAAACUUCUAAAUUAUCUUGCUCUAAGGAGGAUAUUCUCAAUAAAUAAAAAUUCAUUUGUGAUCAAACAAAAGAUAUUCAUUGUUUUUGUAUGGUUCUGAAGGGGAUUGGAAGUCAUGAGAAAUUGUUGUGAAUUAAUCAUCAGUGCAGAUGGCAGCUGUGUAAGUAUGAAAGUCUACUAAGAGUGAUUUUCUCCUGACUGCUUGGGCUUUAGAUGUGGAUUCUAUACAAAUCUGCUUUUGCUAACCUGGCAAACAAAGGAUUGUGCCUAAAUUUUCACCCUUUUAGAGCAGGUGCUGUUCCUUCUUCGAUAUUUCUCCAGUUGACCUCUCAGGUGUUGCAUUCAGUGGAUGCUUUCUUUUUUAUGCAAGAUAUUCUCCCAGGAAGACACUGCCAGAAAGGAAUAGUUGCUCAUUGAUUUUAGGGUAUGCAGUUAGGUUGGUUAUUAUUAUGAACUAUUUUAUGGAAUUCUGCCUGGGAAACUUUUUCUUUUUUAGCGAAUAGUCAUCAUUAGAGAAUUGAAUUUCUGUCUCAGUAGGUUCUUUGUCAGGAUUAGGGAUCAAAAUUCAUAUUCCAAAUACCCAUGAGCUUAGUGAGAGUUUUCACCAUUACUCCACUUUGUACUUGAAUUCAGAGUGUAUCCUCCCUAUGCUAUAUGGCUCUUGUUUUUGCCCUGGCACUUGACAAAGAGAAACAUAUUUUUUGGAUAUGAAUUUCCAAUAUGACUGUUUCUUCAAAGACACCCUUCCCCCUCAAUUAUAACCAGUAUUUCUUGCUAUUUAAUUUCUGCUUCAGGAGGCUUCUGUGUGAGUUAUUGUUGGUAUACUUGGUGACUUGUAACUUGCUUCAAGUGAGGGAUUAUUUACAUGGCUUCUCUGAAGCCUCGAUGGAUGGUCACGGUGAUACCCGUCUUAGAGAAAGAAUCUGACAAGGGACAAAUUUUGAGAGAUUGAUAUGUCUGUUUGGAAGUUCAAUACCCCUGUUUUUGUGAUGACAUAUGUUUCCAUUCUGCUUCAAUGUUGGGCC